UUCCCCUAGCGCCCUGGCCGCGUGGCUUGCGGCUUAUUUUCCCAGCUGGCAAGCGUCUUGCUGCAGACAAGGGAAUGCCUGUGGUGAGUUGUUUAUUUUGUUGAAGUUUGCGGUGGGCCAGGGGGAACGUGGGGGGACGAGUGGCAGGCAGCGACUGGGACUGUUUGGUUUAGGUCUCCAUCCACCUGUGUGGUAUAAAUCUGCCAGCCUCGGGCGGCGGGGGACCGGGGUGAGAAAGCCCUGGCGCCCCAAACGCCCCCUCCCUCGCGUGCGCCAGUUGGAGACCUAGUGCCCGCAUGUGCGUCCCCGCCGCUGGAACCCACUAAAUCGUGACCGUGGGCCGUGUUGACUCGCCGAUGCGGUCAGCGCCCAAGACCCCCGGGUCAGCUGGUCGCUGACCUUCCUUACAAGUGCCCUGCCCGGUUCCCGUAGCACAGUGGCGCUGAGGCUCGGUGGGAAGGGCGCUCAUGCAAUUCGUGGGAGCUCGUCCUGGAGGCUUCUGGCGACAAGUUCGCUCAGGAGUGUCCAGUCCACCUAGUGCUACGCUCUGGGAUCCCGGGUCGGCCGGAGUUCCUCAGACUUCAGGCUGAAAGGUGGUAGGAGGCUGGUUCCCGGGGGAGCCCAGAACCUCCAGGGUAUGCUGUUAGUCUCCCCGCGCGGCUGCGUUUGCCUGGAAGAAAAGCCUAAAUACAUUAGUGAGCUGGUAAAGCUUUUAAGGCCUUCUUGGGAAUGAGUGGUUGGCUAAUGAAAGGUUAAUUUUGUUUCGAAGGGAAGGCUGCACUGGUUUCCUGAGAUAAAUGGACAGGAAGCACAUUACCUCCGCGCGCUGGCAAGCGGCUCCCAAAUGCUUUUUGCACCUGCCGCUGGGAGCCGUGUGAGCAGCAGCGCAGCCCGCAGGGAGCGCGGGGGCCGGGCGGGUGCGCGCGGCUAUGCGCCCCUCGCGCGCCUCGGGCUCUCCGCCUCCGGGGGCUCAGCUCUCACGCAGAGCCCUGGGGCUUUUCUCUCACACCCAGGUCCUGCGCGUUCCGGAGCUCGGGGGCCCCCUGAUCCCAACGAAGCCCCUGCAGGAGCGGAAGGGUUAAGAAUGAUGAGGAAGAAGAGGAAGCGAGGCACGCCCGCGAGACCUGCAUGGACGGGCAUGGGCUUGAGAGCAGCACCUUCCUGCGCCGCCGCUGCCGCCGCCUCCGCCACCUUUGGGGCUGAGCCGCGCCGCCGCCCUCGGCUCGGCCCGUCGCCGCCGCCGCUGCUCCUGCUGCUACUCAGCCUCGGGCUGCUCCACGCAGGUGACUGCCAACAGGCAGCCCAGUGUCGAAUCCAGAAAUGCACCACCGAUUUCGUGGCCCUGACUUCACACCUGAACUCUGCCAUUGACGGCUUCGACUCCGAGUUCUGCAAGGCACUUCGAGCCUAUGCUGCCUGCACCCAGCGAACUUCAAAGGCCUGCCGUGGCAACCUCGUAUACCAUUCUGCUGUGCUGGGUAUCAGUGACCUCAUGAGCCAGAGAAACUGCUCCAAGGAUGGACCCACAUCCUCUACCAACCCGGAAGUGACCCAUGACCCUUGUAACUAUCACAGCCACGUGGGAGCCAGAGAACACAGGGGCGGGGAGCACAGCCCUCCCAGUUACCUCUUUUGUGGCUUGUUUGGAGAUCCUCACCUUAGAACUUUCAAGGAUCACUUUCAAACAUGCAAAGUGGAGGGGGCCUGGCCACUCAUCGAUAAUAACUAUCUUUCAGUUCAAGUGACUAACGUGCCUGUGGUCCCUGGAUCCAGUGCUACUGCUACAAAUAAGAUCACCAUCAUCUUCAAAGCCCACCAUGAGUGUACAGAUCAGAAAGUGUACCAAGCUGUGACAGAUGACCUGCCAGCUGCUUUUGUGGAUGGCACCACUAGCGGCGGGGAUGGUGACACCAAGAGCCUGCGCAUCGUGGAGAGGGAGAGUGGCCGCUACGUGGAGAUGCACGCCCACUACAUAGGCACCACAGUGUUUGUGCGCCAGCUGGGCCACUACCUGACCCUCGCCAUCCGCAUGCCUGAGGACCUGGCCAUGUCCUACGAGGAAAGCCAGGAUCUGCAGCUGUGUGUGAACGGCUGCCCCCUGAGCGAACGCAUUGAUGAUGGGCAGGGCCAGGUGUCUGCCAUCCUGGGGCACAGCCUGCCUCGAACCUCGUCGGUGCAGGCCUGGCCUGGCUACACCCUGGCAGCUGCCAACAGUCAGUGCCAUGAGAAGAUGCCAGUGAAGGACAUCUACUUUCAGUCCUGUGUCUUUGACCUGCUCACCACUGGUGAUGCCAACUUCACUGCUGCAGCCCAUAGUGCCUUGGAGGACGUGGAGGCGCUGCACCCAAGGAAGGAGCGCUGGCACAUCUUUCCCAGCAGUGGUGGGGCUGUGCACAGGUGUAGCUCUGCGGCCCUCGGCCUGGGACUCACCUGCCUGAUCAUUGUGUUUUUGUAGGGGUUGUCUUUUGGUUUUUGGUUUUUUUGGUGUUUUGUUUUGUUUUGUUUCGUUUCUUGUUUUUUUUAAUUUUUUUUGUCUAUAACAAAAUUUUAAAAUAUAUAUUGUCAUAAUAUAUUGAGUAAAAGAGUAUAUAUGUAUAUACCAUGUAUAUGACAGGAUGUUUGUCCUGGGUUACCACCAGAUUGUAUAUAUUGUGCUUGGCCGUUUUCACAUGCGUUGGAUGUAGUGUUCUUUGAUUGUAUCAAUUUUGUUUUGCAGUUUUGUGAAAUGUUUUAUAAUGUCCCUGCCUGGGGACCUGUUAGAAAGCACUUUAUUUUUUAUAUAUUAAAUAUUUAUGUGUGUAUUGGUUAAUACGUAUAGUUCAUAUAUGCAGACACCAAACGCAAUGUUCCCUCGAAGGUGACCGGUCGUUGUAGCUAUUCUCGGCUGCCCCCUCCUGCCCUCUCUGCUGCUGCUGACCGGCCAUUGUGCAGUUCUCCCUGGCCGUGUCCAGUGGAGCCGCCUCGUUGCUCGUGAGUUGUGUCCUCCCGUGUCCGCCUGUCCGCACUCAUUUUGAGAACACAGCUAAUUUCUUACAGGUUCUUUUGAUUCCCCUUUACACUGAUCUGAAUAAGAAGCCCUCUCUCUUAACAGCUGUCACUGUUUGCAAAGGUGAGUUCUUAUCACUUUCCAGCUGUUACAUCUGCACACACCGUGUGUUAGGUUGUCAAAAGUGCUUUUAGGUAAAAGGGGUCUAGUGGUGGCAGCUUCAUAGAUAGAUAGAUACCAGGCAUCUUGCUAGACCUCAGUAGCGCUCAGACUUCUCAUCCCUUUCCUAGUUUAAAUUGUAACUUUUCCUCUUUCAACAUGAUUCAUUAAAACAUAAAACCACAAACUUAGUAAUAAUCAUGACUUGUUCUUUGUGAAAUUAGUGGAAGCCCAUGUUGAUUCUUAGCUUUUUCGUCCUUGGCUCUUGGGACUCAGACAUGCAACUCCUUGUGUCCACUCAGUUGGCUCACCUUGGGCGUCCAAGGGUGGGCUUGCUACGAGUCUGUUACUGAGACCCAUUACAGACAUGCUCCAUCCUUCCCUGCCCCCACUCCCUGGUCUUCACAGUCCCUGAUGUGUGUUUCUGCGCAGUGAAAGGGAGUAGGUGUCCACGGCAGGACGCUGUUCUGACUGGACUCCGUAUAGCGCUUCACUCUGGCUGCCAAUGAGUCGGCACUGACACCUGAGCACUCUGUCUUUUCAGAUACACUCCCUCCUAACACUUGUUGCAUAUUAAUUACUGAUGUUACUUGGUGAAAUCUCUAUAUAAAAGUGACUUCUGCUGCUUCCAUUCCAUUGUUGGUGCAUUUUGCAACAAGAAAACAUCUGCAACAAAGGGCAGGAGUAGUCACGAGGAAAGUUAAGUCCAGGAUAGGUAGGAUUAUAUUAUUACAUCCAAAUUGAAAUUUUGGUUCUGAGAAUGGAUACAAGUUUACAUAAUUGUGAACAAAAGAUAAUAAAUUUGAAAUACCAUUGUAACUUAGGCUAAGGUACACUUAGUUUUCGUUGUCCCUGUGAUACCUUUUACUAUGUCCUCUGGACCAGGGGCACUGCCAGAGACCCAGACUGGCCCCAAAAGAUGAUGUCAUUUUGUAAAGAAGUUUCUUAAUUAACUGAAGUACCAGUCAGUUGUAGGGUAGAAUUGUGAGUUCAUUUAGGAGUAGCAAACCUCUCUGCUUUGAGAUUAUAAAAGAAUAAUCUGGAGCAGUGUAGAUUAAUAAUCAAGGCUCCCUGCUACUUUUAAAAAUUCAACUCCAGGAUGGAACCUAAUUCCUCAUCCAGUUGUAGAAGCUGAACUGGGCCAUCACCUCUGAGCCAUGGCUGCUUUUGUUCAUCCGUGGAGCCAUGUGCCAAUUUCAGAAGUUACUGUAAUUUUAUAAUUGAGUCAAACAUGAAAGAAUACUAAGGAUACUUUUAACCACUAUUUUUGUGCACAGUAUAAAAGUAAAAGCAAUAAUAAAAGUUUCUACACUACAUGGGUUUAGGGUGUAUAUGGUUAAUGUACCUUAGUGCUUUUCAAGGAAAGGAAAACCCAGUGGUUUCGCCUCACCGUUUAGCUGGAGAGGAUGCUUAAAAUAACACCCAGCAUAUUCACUUAACUUUUUAAUCAGUGUCCCCAUAAAGUUACAGAUUCCACGGAUGACUUACGAACAUAGUACAACUAUCACAAAGUAGUACUUGUGUUGUCUUUAGCAAGGUUUAUUCUCCAGGGUUUCUAGAGGAAAUGCUUCUUGCACAUGUUGAUCCAUGAAGUCCUUCUUAGAAGACUUUCAAGUCAUCCCAUCACGUGGACAGGCUGUAGCUGUUCACAGGUCUCCUGGGGGAGCUUGAACUUUGGGGGAGAAACACUGGUUUUCACAGAUGCUCCACAUUGCUGUCUUUAAAAGACUCAGAACAUUUAUUGUCCUCUCCUAUGCUUGGAAAUCCCUCCACCCCCAGUGUGUCGGGUCUUUGCAAAGAAACCUUUCGAUGUGGUUCAUAGGUAUGUGAAUAAGUAUCUGUGUAAAACAGUGAGUGUGCAGUGUGUAAAUAUACGUUAAAUUAUUCUGGAAAAAUAAAGUUACAUACCAUG